AUGGUUGCUCCUCUUGCACUCAUCUUCAUGACCCAGUGGAUGUUGCUGAUCUCCCAGUUGUGUGUUGGCUGGCACUGCACAGACUCAGAGAUGCCAGACUCACUUAUUAGAAAUUUGCUGCUGAAUCAGUGGAAAAUGGAACUGAGUUGGAUGAGCAGCAUGAAUUUCACUGGGGAUUGGUGUUCAGUGACUACAGGAAAUUUUACUGAUACUAUAAUUGUAAAUUUGAAUAUGAAGUGCAUGUUUGGAAAUAUAGCACCUGCUCUGCACAAUGGGGCAAGCUUUUCGGUCACAGCAGUGAACAUGAAUGGCACAUACUGAAGCAUAUGCAGAUAUAUUCCUUAAGGCACGAACGGGUCAGCCAUUGAAAACUUCUCCUGUGUGAUUUAUAACAUUUCCCUCAUGAACUGCACUUGGCAGGCAGGCAGGGAUGCUCCAGGAGAUACCCAAUAUUUUCUCUACUGGCAGAACUCGAGAGAGGACGAGAAGAUGGAAUGCGAGCUUUACGUUAAAGAUGAAAAUGGCAGAAACAUAGGAUGUAGAUUCCAAAAUGUGAGGAUAGAGACUGAAAAAGCUUACUUCCUGGUGAACGGGUCUAGCAAAGGCUCCCUGAUCCAGUUCUAUGAUGAGUACAUUCAACUGUAUGAAAUUGAAAAGCUCAUGCCUCCAUCAAAUAUCACUGUCAACUGUGAUGAAAUUAAAAAUGAUUGCAUAAUUCAGUGGCAACGACCCCAAAUAAGUCAUUCUAACAAAGACAAGUGUUUUAGAUAUGAAAUCAACAUAAAGUAUAAG